AUGACAGUGUUGUUGUGUCUUUCCUUGCUCGGCAUCCACCGUGCUCCUGUUCUUUCUGGAAAGAGUGGAACUGGCUUUACAGGCAUCGAGCAAACCCAAGCUUUUGACGACAUAGAUAGGAAGAAAUUCUGUCCAAUUCUACUCAUUAAUUAUGUCCUGAUUUUGUCAGUUCAAACUUUUCCCAAACUGUUCCCAGACAAAAUGCCUGAGUCAAACGUCAGCCACCUGUUGACGGUCCCUGCUGCUGGCAAGUUGGAUCAUUACACGGACAACUACGACGUGGACUAUGGCACUCCCCCCGACGAAAUCCCAGAUACCACACAGGGCCUGGCUUUCUUCGUCGCCACCAUCAUCAUUGGGGUGGUCCUCGUCUGCAUCAUGCUGGUGUGCGGCUUGGGAAACUUCAUCUUCAUUGCCAUGUUGAUGCGCUACAAGAAGCUGCGCAACCUCACCAACCUGCUCAUCGCCAACUUGGCCAUCUCGGACUUCCUGGUGGCGGUGGUGUGCUGUCCCUUUCUGGUAGACUACUAUGUGGUCAAACAGCUGUCGUGGGAUCAUGGGUUGGUGCUGUGUGCGUCGGUCAACUAUCUCCGCACCGUAUCGCUCUACGUGUCCACAAACGCCUUGCUCGCUAUUGCGGUGGACAGGUACACGGCCAUUGUACAUCCUUUGAAGCCUCGAAUGAAGUACGAAACAGCCUACUGCCUGAUCACCGGAGUCUGGAUUAUUCCCAUUCUCAUCUCAAUUCCCUCGGCUUACUUUGCCUCAGAGACUAUGUACCCUCACGGAGGCACCACGUCAACUACUCACAAAGUCUUCUGCGCUCAGAUCUGGCCCGUUGACCAACAGGCCUACUACCGCUCCUACUUUUUGUUAGUAUUCGUCGUGGAGUUCGUCGGACCCGUGAUCGUCAUGGCGAUGUGUUAUACGCAAAUUUCUCGCGAGCUCUGGUUCAAGAAUGUGCCUGGUUUCCAGACAGAGCAGAUAAGGAAGCGGCUGCGCUGCCGCCGUAAAACCGUGGUGGUCCUCAUCGGAAUCUUAAUGGCAUACAUCCUGUGCUGGGCUCCUUACUACGGCUUCACGAUCCUUCGGGACUUCCACCCGACGCUAAUCUCCCGGCAGAAGAAUUCCCUGGUGGUCUUCUACAUCAUCGAAUGCCUUGCAAUGAGUAACAGCAUGAUCAAUACCUUCUGCUUUGUCAGUGUCAAGAACAACACUGUCAAGUAUCUGAAGAAGAUUGUGCUGGUGCGAUGGAGGUCAACAUACGCCCCCAGUAGGACUGUGGAUGAAAUGGAUUUAAGGACCUCAUCCUUGCCUAUCACAGAGGAGAUUGAAUGCAUUCAUCUGAGGUAAACACGGUCACUCAAAUCGGGAUUGCUAAUGUGUCGAAUGGACUUUGAAUCAAUGAGGAGCCCUAAUUAUGUUUCACAGGUUUUACUGUAAAAGCACAAGAGAGGAUAAAUGCUGCACAUAGGUUAUGAAGAAAACGAGUAGGCUAAAGGAAAACCAAAGAAUUUAUUGGGAAAUCCUGCGAACACUUGGGCAUAUGUGAUCAUCAGCAUCACUGUUCUUGCUAAAAUUCCCUGGAGACGUUCUCUGAAAAAUGCUCAAUUCUGCCACAACAAAUUCCACAAAUAUGACCAAAAAACUGCUCUUAAAAUGUUUUUUCCCCCCUCAAUAUUAGCAUAAGUAGCAUUACGUUUUUCACCCCUGUAAUGUACAAAAUGUUGGUUUUCCUGCUAAAUUCUUCUUAUUGUAUAAUAUAAUACUACCUACCUAUAGUAUAUGAAGAGCAUCUUAAAUGUUUGUUUGUUGUUUAUGAAUUUCAAAGACCUAUACAGUGCGGCAGUGUCUCCCAACCAUUAUUAAGCCACCAAAAAAAUGUGACAAAAGUACAUACAGUAUAUUGAAAUAAUGAUGAUCUCGUCACAGUUUAAAUUUUACUUUACUCCGAAGUCUGGGCCUGUAUAGAAAAACUAUUAUUGUUUUGUAUGAGUGGUAACAGGCGGAUACACACGUGAAUUGCACCUUGUGCCUUCUAGUGGAAGAGCAUUUAUUUUUUCCCACCUGCCACUAUACUUACUGUAUGUUGCUGACAUAUUAUAUAGAUGAACAAAGUUAUAUUAUUUGUAGUAAAUAAUCAGGCAGAUCUGAUGAUCUGUCACAGCACCCUAAUGUGCUGCGGCACAGUGGUUGGGAACCAUUCAAUAAUUAUUUGUAAAUGUAAAAAAAAUAAAUUCAAAAAAUGAAGACACAUGGUUCAAAGUGUUUUUGGCGGUUCUGUUGACUUGAUUUCACAGUCAAAGUAAUCCCUAUUCAGGCUGUGAGAAUAAUAUUGAUGUCGUUGUGCCAUAUACAGUCUUAACUGUAAACUGCGCAUUGUGAAAUGAAGCUGUAUUACAUGGAUGACUUGCAUAUAAGAGAUAAUCCGCACAGUAUUGCUUCUUAAUAGAGGUUCAGUAUGUGAUGUUCUCUGAAUUGUCAUGUUGCAAAGUCCUACCCUUAUAGUAUGAUUAUUGCGCAGUACCAUUUUGUGAAGUGUUUGCUGUUAAAUUGGUUUUCUAUAACGCUUGUGACAGUAAAGACUAUGUUGCCGUUGUUGCUUACCCUUUAGAUGACAUUAAACACAACAUUUCAUUGUGUUCACAUGACUCCAAUAAACAAUGGGAAAGAGCAGCAUGUUCCUACUGGGAUUGUAAAUCUAUUUUAAUUUGAAAUGUAUUUGUGUUCCCUUGUUUUGAAUCUGGAACAGAGAGCUCUCUUUGUCACUCUGGCAAACACAUACAGCCAUAUUAAUUGAACUGAAAAAAAAGAAGUACGCUGUCAGUAAUAAUAGUACACUUGGAUAUCAGUGCCGUCCCACAAUCUUUGCGAACCACUGCUCCCCAGACUCUCCAAGCCUCCCAUUUCAAGCCACUGUACUCCAACUUAUAAUUGAAUAGAAAUGUAUAUUUUUUAAUAAUAUGAAAAUGUAAACCACAGUGUUAGAUAUCCUCAAAUGUUGACAUUCAUUGUAACACACACCGUACUGCAAAUAAAAGCCAGCUUAGUUAUUGGUUAGCAAAAUAAGGCACCUUUUUCUUUAGACAAACUGACCAAUGAAAACUUGUUAGAAAAAGAAACAAAGCACUGAGCUCAUAAAAUAUUUGACAAACUAAACAUACAUUAGCAUGGUCUAGCGGCCACACAGUAGCUGCUAACUUGUGCAAAACAGUCCCUUUGUAACACAGGAGUAAUAAUUCCAACUGGAUAUCAGCAUCUAGCUCCAAUUGUAAUAUAAAUAAAGGCCUUGUCUCAAAUAGAUGCCACCUUCAAAUAAAAAUUGUUGAGUGUUGAUAUAACAAAGCUUAUAAACUUCACUUCCACCUGAGGACUGCAUUGCCUUCCACAGGAUGGAAUCUCCAUUUAGCUUUGCUGCACCGCUGACCAUUGUUACCAAGUGACCCACUGCUAUUUCCAAGACCCCUUACCUUAGCGUCAGUGAGGAAGGACAACAGGUUGCCAGGUUUAACUGUGAGAAAAAAAUUAUAGUACAUACUGUAUUUAUUGUGUUGGUCAAAUUCAUAAUUCAUUUUGUGUGGCCUUUUCAAUAUUGUUCAUGUUGAGUGUUAUCCAAUAUGACAUUGGUUUUCUUGCCUGCUGGCUGCUUGUGCAUUUAUUUGUCAUUCAUUUAGAUAUACUGCUGCCCCAGAUUUUUAAUGAGGUCAAUUUAAGCAAAGUACAACAUAUGUACUGCUGUAAACAUGACAAAAGCAAUAGCAAUGUGCCUUUAGAAAUUUUCCGCAUUUAAACACAGCAGGAAAACAUGCAUGUAUACUUGACCGUCUCCAUUUUAUGAAUAAAACAGCAUGUUAAACACAUUUUCUAGAAUGAGUUGGAAAACAACAUUAAGUGUGUAGAAGGUAUACAUAAUGAUGCAUCAUUGUAUUUGCCUAUUCAUGACUUUGUUUAUGAAAAUAGUCCUGGUCAGACUUCCAGCUGACUGUAGUAGUAGUGUAAUGUAACUGAGACAGUAUUUUUUUAAAUUCUGAAUAAUUUUCC